AUCUUCUUCUUCUCCCCGAUGCUCUGCCUCCCGAAAGUCCCCCCCCAAAGCCGCUGAAGCUUCCCCCUUGAGAACCGGUAAAGAGCUUGAGUUUUCCCUUUUCUUUCUUGAUGGAGAACAAGGUUUAAACCCAGAAAUUUCCUCCUAGCCACUUGCACGUUCUGCUCUUCUUCUUCCUCGCCCCUGCAACUCGAGAAAGAAGCCAGCUGCCGGUGGCAUCUCCCUUGAGAAAACCGGUAAAGCUUGGUGAUUUUCUCUUCUUUCUUGUUCAAUAACAAGAUUUAGGACUUAGAACACUCUCCUAAACCCAUAAAUUUCCAGAUCUGCGUUGCUCUGCGUCUUCCUCCUCUGCUGUCCGCGAAUUUCUGCUGCUAUGUACGAAUUUCUGGGCAUUUUUCUGGUAGUAUGACCCGAGACACGGAAAUCAAGGGGAGUGACGAGCUAAUUGGCUAGCUAUUGCAUUUGGAUAUAGAUUUUGAGUUUAGGUUGUCCUUGUAAGUUAGAUUCAUUAUUUUGAGUUUAAGUCAUGUUGGACAUAGAUUUAUGGAAUAUAUUAUCAUUUUUGGAAGAUAGAUUGUACCUUGAAUUUUAUGGUAGUAAAACAGAUUUUGCGAGAAUAGAGUUGGUGAUUUGGAUAAGUUCCGAGCCUUGUGCAUUUCUGGGACCCUCUCACAAGUGCACGGCGUUUGUUACGCCUCAGAUUUGGGUUUUGGGGCGUGACAACCCCAGACUGGUUGUCCUUCUGCACCACCCUAGAUUACUUAUCCUUCUUUGGGAGGAUUUAGACCUGAUCACUUACCAUCUCCUACUUAGAGACAUUGAUAUUUAAAACUUAUAUUAUAUAUGUUUAUAUAAAUUUACUGCAUAUGUAUAUAUAUGAUGUGUAGGAUAAGAAGUUAGUAUAUAUUUAUUAACUUAAGCUAGUUUUUAGUUAUGUAGUAUUUGAGUUUAAAUAAGUAAAAUAUAUAAUAUUAAUAAAAUUUAACAAUCCUA